AUGUUGGCGUCCCACGAGAAAAUGGACGUUUCUCACCGCGAUGGCGCACCACAUUUCUCAGCGCCUCUUGAGCAAAUCGACAAAGAAGCUGGGAACGUGGAAAUUGCGAAUGGAGAUUCAGAGCAUGAACUGAAGGACUUUGUAAUGCCAGGCUCCGACAAAUAUUCUGACGCAUACAAGCUGUUCGCUGAUACAUGGAAUGAGACCGUAGUAUCCAAAGUACGCGACGUUUACGCUGCAGAGAAGUUUCUUGACUUCCCACAAGCUUGUUCCAGAUCGUGGGCUCUCUUUGUUCAGAGUCAGUCUAGCUGGAUUGAACGAAUCACAAAACAGUUUGCCCACUUAGGAAGUGAGUUCUUAGCAGAUCUGGACGCCCUCAUCACGCUUAGAAGCAAAGAGGUUGUCCAAGAAUGCAAGGAACGUGAACGUACUGAAAGAGAAGAAAAGUACAACUCCAUGGUCAAAGCGCAGGCGGCGCAGGAGAGUGGGCUUCGUGACACGGCCACCCAGCAAUUGGCCGACGGCAACACCCGCAUCCGGAAAGACAAAUUCACAAUCCCUGAGUCCAAGAAACAUUUGAGCCCUAAACCGGAGGAAGUUGUAAUCUUAUCCGCAUCUGACUUCUCCGAUAAAAGUGGCUGGAGAUGGCGUUUGCACGAGGAGGGUCUAAAAAACCGUGAUGAGUACGCGAAAGCACAUGGGUAUCGCCAUGUAUUUAUCAACUUUACAAAGUACGACGCCGCGAGAUCGCAUGUGGCUCACCCUUGUUGGCUUAAGUUGCCUGCUAUUCAAGAGGUAUUGUUCAAAUACCCAGAGACGAAGUGGGUGUGGUGGCUAGACAUGGAUGCUAUUAUUUGGAAUGGCUCGAUAAAGCUAGAAGACCACAUCCUUAACCCUGUGGCAAUCGAUCGCCGCUUCAUGUAUGACCUCGACAUGACCGAUAUCGAUCAACGCCAUUACAUGGGAUCGCGCACGCCUAAGAAAGGCGAGUUUGAUACCGAGCAGACCUCGUUUAUUUUUUCGCCUGAUUUGCAGAGUAUUAAUGCCGGUUCCUUUUUUGUCAAGAAUACCCCGGCUACUAGAGCAAUGCUAGAGUUUUGGGGUGAUCCUGAAUACAUCUAUAACGAAGACCAUGAGAACAAGUUCGGCCUGAAAGAGCAGGAUGCUUUCGUGAAACUCUACUUACGCCACAAAAUGUUUAGGGACACGACUGCAAUUGUUCCCCAAGCUGUUUUGAAUAGCUAUGGCCCCGACGACGACUUUCCCUCCAGAAAAGCAGAAUGGGGUGACCUGGUUGUCCACUUCGCCGGCCGCUCCAGCUACGACGAUUACCACGUUAUUUGGGACAAGGUCUACAAAACCCGCAUUUUGGGCAACGGUGAAAGGGCUGAACCCGACUAUGAAAUGCCCGACUGGUGA